AUGUUUUAUUAACUAUGAUGGGCUUUACUCUUAUUUUGCCCAGCCGGUUUUUUUUUUUCACGGCAAUUAGCAGGCGAUUUACAUUCGAGUAACCCAAAAUUUCGUAGCUGGAUCCGCCUCCGCCUCCGAACAGUUGUCACCGGAAUCGGAAAUUCAGAUAAGUGAAGAUGAAUGGAGAAGUCCCCAACAUAAAGAAAUGGGUUGUUUUCUAUCCUGUUUAUAUUAAUUCGAAGAAAACAGUAGCUGAGGGAAGGCGAAUCAGUUUGGCUAAAGCCUGUGAAAAUCCCACUUGUGUUGAAAUUGCUGAUUGCUGCAACCAUCUCAAAGUCCCUAAUGCCAUUGAGAUUGAUAAGGCGUACCCUCGUGAUUUCAUGCAAAGAGGGAGAGUGAGGGUCCAGUUGAAAAAGGAAGAUGGGACUUUAUGGAAUCCAGCCAUUUCUUCAAGGAAGCAGCUGAUGCUCCAAGUUGCAGAGUUGGUACCUAGACACCCGGGAAGGACUAAGAAGCAGGAAGCUCCAUCAACAUCAAGUGCUGCUGCCGGAUCUUCCAAGCCCGGGAAGGGUGGAAGAAAAAAGCGAUAGUUGUGUAACCUCCCUAAUCAACAGAAGGUCAUGGUGUUCCCUUUGAACAUUUUAAAAUUUUCCAUUGAGUAACAUCUUCAUAAGGUUAUGGUUUCUUUUUGGUUUAUCUGAGUGUGCUUUGGAGUAGAUGGUUCCAAAGGAAUUCCUUAAAUUAUUGAUAGGUUAAUCAUUAAACCCUUGGAUUUUAUUGAA